GUUGCAUGUCACAAGCUAUACUGUAAUAAGGAAUCAAAUAUUGCCUUAUUACUUAGUUAAUUCCGAUAAUGAAUAUUUUUUCGUUUUUUAUAAGUUUUGUGGUUGCGGUCAUAUCGUAUUUAGUGUACACAAGUUAUGUGAAUACAUAUUCAAGCAUAGUAACUAAACCUGAUAAGAGAUAUGAUUAUAUAAUUGUGGGUGCAGGUACAGCGGGUUGCGUGUUGGCCGCGCGAUUAUCCGAGGAUCCUGACGUCAAAGUGUUGCUGGUGGAAGCUGGAGACCAGAUGGGUUUCUUCACCAAAAUUCCGCUCACAUCCACCGCUGCGCAGCAGGGCCCUAACGACUGGUCGGUCAGGACGACGCCGCAGAAGUACUCAUCUUUCGGACUUUGGGAUCAGACACAAAUUAUACCGAGAGGCAAAGGUCUAGGAGGUUCAGGUCAGAUAAACUUCCUACUGCACGGUUUCGGACUACCUGAGGACUACAACAGAUGGUCUAGGAAGGGCUUCAAGGGCUGGACUUUUAAGGACUUGAAGCCUUACUUCAUCAAGGCCUUCGGGACCACCAUGAGCGAAUAUGAUUCAACACAUUGUCACGAAACGUCGCGAUGUAAUGCGGCGCCAAUGAAACUAAAGUUACUGUCGGAAGACAACGAGCUGAUGAAGACAUUCAAGCAAGCUUCAUCAGCCCUGGGCGGGCGCGGCACCGUGUUACGUCGGCCCGCCGCCACAGUCAGCGCAGGACUACGCCACUCCUCCUGGGACGGGUACUUGAAGCCUGCCAUGCAGAGACCUAAUCUACAUGUUUUGCUUAACACGCAAGCGGUGUCUAUUCGCUUCGACAACGUAACAGCGACGUCACUGUACAUUCUGCAGAACCACCGCAACCUCGACAACAUCUUUGUGGACCGUGAGAUCAUCCUGUGCGCGGGAGCCAUCAAGUCUCCGCAGAUAUUGAUGCUGUCUGGUAUAGGAAGACGGGAUCUUAUAAAACGGUUAAAGCUAAACCUUGUGGUAGAGAACGCGCACGUGGGCGCCAAUCUGCACGACCACAUGAACAUGCCGCUGUACGUCAGCGUGAGGAAGCCUGUCAGCAUCACGCUCGCCAAGGUCUUCACUGCUACCACGCUCUGGGACUACGUUUGGAGAAGACAAGGCUACCUGUCGUUCCCGCCGGUGUCUGGUGUGGAGUACCAGAACAAGUCCGCGGUGAUGGUGUUCGCGCUGGGCUCGGCCAGCGAGCGGCUGCUCAGAGACCUCUCCAACUACAAACAUCAGGUGUACCGCGACACUUAUCCGUUCCACAAUGACACGCGCAAGGAGGGCUUCAUGUUCCUGACGACGUGCUCGCAGCCGCGCUCCCGCGGACAAGUCACGCUGCGCGACUCCAGCACCUCCGUCCCGCCACUCCUCGACACCAACUACCUGCAUCAGUAUCAUGAUGUCGCGUGCAUGAUUAAAGCUAUUCGUCGUGCGGAACGUCUGGUGUCAACGAAGGCAUUCCAAGAGAUAGGGGCCAGAAUACACUGGCCGCGGCCCGAGCGCUGCAGGACCUUCUGGAGGUACAGCGCAGAGGACCAGGCUGGAUUGAAGCCCAAGAGGAAGAGAUUCAAAUCAACGAAACAGGAAAAAAAGCCAAAAGAAGCUGCUAAUGUCAAACCAAAGUCACCAAAAAUGAGUCCCCCUGACGAGUACUUGGAGUGCUUGUUGCGAGAGGUCGCGGUGACCGGCCACCACGCCGCCGGCACCUGCGCAGGAGGUACCGUCGUUGAUAACCACUUAAGAGUGAAAGGCGUCAAGGGGUUAAGAAUAAUGGAUGCCAGUGUAUUACCUACGCCGCUAUCUCUGUAUCCAAACUCAGUGCUGGUCGGAAUGGCAGAAAAGGCUGCAGAUCUUAUACGUAACACUCCCGAAACGUUAAUUUAAUAAAGUUAAUUUUGAUUUAUUGAUAC